CCUUCGCCGUCAGUGGAGCUGUUUGUAUUUCCACAAAAGGGACAUUCAAGCGGCGAAGAAGAAAUUCCCCGGAAGCUACAUUUUCUCUGCACGCGGUGUGUCCGGCCUUUCCAACAGGGCUGCGAGAAGAAACAUGGCCAAGAUCAAGGCAAGAGAUCUGCGGGGCAAGAAGAAGGAAGAGCUGCUCAAGCAGCUGGACGACCUAAAGAACGAGCUCUCCCAGCUCCGUGUGGCGAAGGUUACCGGAGGAGCCGCGUCCAAGCUCUCCAAGAUCCGUGUUGUCCGCAAGUCCAUCGCCAGAGUCCUGACUGUAAUAAACCAGACGCAGAAGGAGAACCUGAGGAAGUUCUACAAGGGUAAGAAGUACAAGCCUCUGGAUCUGAGACCCAAGAAGACCAGAGCUCUGCGCCGCCGGCUCAACAAGCAUGAGGAGGGUCUGCGGACCAAGAAACAGCAGAGGAAAGACCUCCUCUACUCAGUCCGCAAAUUUGCAGUCAAAGCUUAGAGGCUUUUUCUAUUGACAAAAUAAAAUCUGUGUUGAAGACAAAA